GCAAAUACGUACGGAUGUGCGUCCUGUCUAGAGCCCCACUUUGAUUGAUAGGUUGAGUUUGCUGACUAACAAGCAAAGCAGGGCUCUGCUCCAAGAAACAAACCCACCAAGCCUGGCUCUGCAGUUGCUCGCUAGAAGAGUCGAGAAUGAAGAUGAUGUGCAGAGCGUUGUUGUGUCUGGCCCUAGUCGUGGGUUCUGUAUCUGCCAUGGAAAGCUGGUUCAGCAACAACAAGAUGACAGAAUGCGGCGACUUCCAAAUCCAAACCAAGGGCAGGCUCUCCAGCAAACCCAUGACUGAUGUUGACACGCGUCAAGUUCUGGCUGACAUCAAAGCUUUCGACACCAACAAAGAUGGCUACGUCACUUCCGCCGAAACGAGGGACCCAACUGUUGCAGCUACCUUCGACAGUGACCUUAACCUUACCGCUGGAGUCGAUCGUUGCACCUUCGUGAUGAUGGCGAAGAAGCGAUAUGACAUCAGCACAGGUGUCGCAGCCCGCCUCUUCGACCUUCAGGACUCCAACAAUGACCUCAUGAUAACCGUAGCGGACCAGGACGCGGCUGCCUUCAAAUUGUUGGAUAAGGAUGGUGAUGGCCAAGUGUCUGUGUGUGAAGCCUUCAAGGGAUUCAUGGCCAGCCUGGAGGAUUUGGAAAACAAGGUCUACACCACGGAGCUGAAGUAUAGCAACAUCGCCUACAAGUACAGGAAACCCCCACCCACAUCCUAAUCCGCAAUGUUCGCCAUGGCAACAAAGGGGCCGACGGACAUGUGACCGCAAGGACGAUAAAUGUAAUGCUUUGUUAAUAAAGUGAUACAUACUCAUC